AUGGGUUCUGCUUACACUAUCCUCGGUAGAUCUGUACCAUCUCACCAAUUAGCCAUCGCCACCUUGGGUCUUGUAACCUUUGUUGCUGUCCCAAAGCCAUGGGGUCCAGCUGCUCCAAAACACCCAUCCAUCAACGCUAGCUCCGCUGAAGAAGAAAAGUUUGUCAAGGAAUGGUUGGCCAAGAACGCUCCAGCUGCUGAAAAGCACUAA